AUGGAUGAAAAGGAAUCCAAUGAAACUCUUAAAAUCUCCUCGCCACCUCUGGCCAACACCAAGGUUCAGAGUGUCAUACCAAAAAACAGGUCAGAAGUCUUGAAGUGGAAUGGCUGGGGAUAUAGAGAUUCAAAGUUUAAAGUUACCGACCAGGGAAUGAUUCGGUUCACUGGCAAUAGGUAUUCCAUUGGUGAAACAGAUUUGCCUUUUUUUACUCAAUGGGUCCAACAAGUAUUAAAUAUUGACCUAACUCUAAGGAAUGUGCCUAGAGAGAAGUUCAGUUCCACAGAGAUUCCACCUUGCCGCGUAUCUACGAAAUUAUUAAACAUCUUCAAAGAAAUGAAAAUUGACCAUACGAUUGAUAGCUCAGCUAGACUUUUGCGAUCCCAUGGACAAACACUUUAUGAUAUUUAUUCCCUCAGAUAUGGUAAAUGUUUUCCACGCAUUUGUGAUUUAGUAGUCUGGCCUGCAAAUCAUAACGAUGUUGUAAGCAUAGUUGAAUUAGUUAAUGUGCAUAACAUUGUACUUGUUCCGUUUGGCGGUGGAACUAAUGUAUCUGGGGCAGUAUCGUGUCCUGCCAAUGAAAAUAGAUGUAUAGUCAGUGUGGACACUUCACAAAUGAACCGUUUACUGUGGUUGGAUGAAUCAAACUUACUGGUAUGUUUUGAAGCCGGAGUCAUUGGUCAAGAUUUAGAACGAGAACUAAACAAACGAGGCUAUACAUGUGGACAUGAACCCGACUCUUAUGAGUUUUCUAGUUUAGGUGGUUGGGUCGCUACUAGAGCGUCGGGCAUGAAGAAAAAUGUGUAUGGCAACAUUGAAGAUUUAGUAAUUGAUGCUAAAAUGGUCACUUGUAGAGGGGUGGUCGAAAAAAACAGUAAGGUCCCUAGAAUGUCAAGUGGACCAGAUUUUCAACAAAUUGUCUUAGGGUCAGAAGGUACAUUAGGUAUAAUUACAGAAGUGACCUUAAAAAUUCGACCUCUUCCAGAUUGUCGUGUUUAUGAUUCUGUGGUUUUUCCUGAUUUUGAAUCAGGAGUAAAAUGUAUGAGAGAAGUAGCCAAACAAAGAUGUCAACCUGUGUCUAUACGAUUAAUGGAUAACACACAGUUCAGAUUUGGUCAGGCGUUACGGCCUGUCGAAAACACAUUUGGAAACUUGUUAGAUUUUUUCAAGAAAACUUACUUGACUCAUGUUUGUGGUUUUCGUUUAGAGUCCAUAUGUGUUAUGACACUCCUAUUUGAAGGUAAACGUUCUAAAGUAGUUUCACAUAGAAAUUGCAUCGCUAAAAUAGCUGUGUCUUUUGGUGGUGUAACUGCAGGAGAGAGAAAUGGAGAACGUGGUUAUAUGCUGACCUUUGUUAUAGCUUAUAUACGUGAUCUCGCGUUAGAAUAUAGAGUUGUAGCUGAAUCGUUUGAAACAUCAGUAUCCUGGGAUAAAACUCUCAGUUUAUGUGAUAAUGUCAAAAAAGUUGUAGCAAAUGAAUGCAAUAAACUUAAUAUCAAGUAUUACUUGAUUAGCUGUCGAGUAACACAGACAUACGACUCCGGUUGUUGUGUUUAUUUUUAUUUUGGAUUUAAUUGGACCGGACUAGAUGAUCCAGUAUCAACUUACCAUCAUAUUGAAACCAUAGCCCGAGACACUAUUAUGGCUUCUGGAGGGUCUAUCUCUCAUCAUCAUGGCGUGGGUAAAUUACGGGCACAUUGGUAUGAGAAACACAUGUCUAAAACUGUACUAUCGCUUUACAGUGCAUCUAAAAAGAUGCUAGACCCGAAUAAUGUAUUUGCUAAUGGUAAUCUUAUUAGUUUUCCGCUGUCCAAAAUAUAA